AUGGAGAUAAGCAACAAGAUGCAAUUUCAUGGCGAGAAGAUGAAUGAUGUCACAAUCGUUGAAGGGAUACUAUGUUCCUUGACACCGAAAUAUGAAUACGUUGUUUGUUCUAUUGAAGAAUCAAAAGACAUAGAUGCUUUGUCUCUUGAUGAAUUGCAAAUAUCUUUGUUGGUGCAUGAGCAGAAGAUGACCCGAAGUUCAACUUUUGAGGAGCAGGCCCUGAAAACUUUUACUUUUAUUUCUUCCAAUUCUACAGGAAGGGGUAGCGGUAGAGGUAGAGGAAGAGGGAGAGGAGACCGAGAAAACAAAGAUGGCAGCAGGAAAUUUAGAGUGAAUGAUGACUACAACAAAGGAAGAGGAAGAGAUUUUUUGACAAAUCCAAGGCUGCCUAAUGAGAAAGAAGAAAAGUCAAAUUUUGCUGAGAACAUGGAAGGAGAAACCUUAUUAAUGGCAGUUCAUGCGAAAAAUGAGCCCACGGAGCAAAUUAUUUGGUAUGUGGAUACCGGUCGCAGUAACCACAUGACUGGUAGUAAGUAUUCUUUCACUGAUUUAAAUGAAAACUUCCAAUCAACAGUUAGUUUUGGUGAUAUCUCAACAGUAAAUGUGAUGGGAAAGGCUGUUAUCAAUUUUAAAACAAAAAAUGGGUGUGUGGAAACCAUAUCUAAUGUGUUCUAUAUUCCUGCUUUGAAGAGCAAUUUAUUGAGUGUUAGUAUGGCAUUUUAA